UAUUAAUAAACUCUUUCUAUAAAUGAAUUUGAAACAAGUUUAAGCUUUCUCUGAACAUAGAACAAAAAGAAGUAAAAUAAAUUUAUUCAUCAAUCUAGUUUUAUCUGGAAAUACAAAGUGCAAAGAUCAUAAAUCUAAUAUUCAUAGUCCAAGAAGUAAAAUUUUAUUUAACAUUUAAGAUAGUCAAAAUUCUAAUAAAGGUACCAUGAUUGGACUUUAGAGAAUUUCAAAAGAGCUUGUAGAAAGUUUAACUAAAGCUUUAACACCAAAUUGUAGAGUUCGUUAGAAUUCACCUAAGCCAAUUAUUUUAGAAUAGGAACAUAAAUAAAUACCAAAACACAACAAACAACCUGAAAUAUUAUAAUAACCUUUGGAAUAAUUAGAAAUAUUAAAGCCAAUUAAAGAAAUAGAAAAUGUUGAAUACAUUAAUUUUACUAAAUUUGCUGUAAGAUAUAACAUCAAAUAUUAUAGAGGAAAAUAUCUUAAUAACCAAUUAAAGAAAUUAGAAUUUCAAAAAAUGAAUAAAAAAUAACUCGAUAAAGAUCUUAAGAUUUUCAUUCAAAAUAAGAAGAAUGGCUUAGAAAAAAAAAUGAAAAAGUUUUGAAAUAGAGAAUAGAAUAAUAAUGUUUAUAAUAAAUGAAAGAAAAUCGUGCCAGUUUUUUAGAAAAAUCAUAGACCGAUAGAUUUUAAUGA